GUAGAGAAACCUGUUGACGUGUUGUUUUCUCCUCAGACGCUGACGGUCACGCCGGUCCUCACCACGAAGACUCUACCUCUGGUGCUGAAAGCCGCCGCCACGCCCGCGCUCCCCGGCUCCGUGCUGCCGCAGCGCCCGGCCACCGUCGCCGUGGUAACCACAGCUAUCACCAAACCCGACCUGCAGAACGUCCCUAUCAACCUGCAGGUGUCCAGCAAGCUGACCAAUCAGAGCGUGGAGCCCGUGAGGCUGGUGUCCAAGAACGCCAUGCUGGUGCAGGCCGUCACCGCCGCCGGCGUCGCCGCUGACGCCGUCACCGCCGCCGGCACCCGGCCAAUCAAAGUUCCCCAGUUUGUCCGUCCUCCUAGACUGACGCCUCGACCCACCUUUCAGCCACAGGUCCGGCCCAAGCCGGCGGCGCCCACCAACGUGCACAUCGCUCCGGCGCCGCCCCCCCCCAUGAUGGCGGCCCCCCAGCUGCUGCAGCGGCCCGUGAUGCUGGCCACCAAGCUGCCGUCCUCGCUGGCGUCGGCGGCGCCGAUCCACCAGGUCCGCAUCGUCAACGGGACGCCGUGCGGCAAGACGGGCGCCGCGCCGCUGGCCGGCAUCGUCAUCACCACGCCGGUGUCGGCCGUGCCGGCGCGCCUCGCCAGCCCCGCCGCCGCCCAGGCGCCCGGCCUCACCCCCAUCCUCCCCCCCACCCCCGCCAGGCCCAUCCAGAUCAGCAGCCUCACCCCCAUCGCCAAGACGGUUGUUAAAUCGGAAGGUGGACCCGAGCAGAAGGCUGUCAGCCUCCCGUCCUCCUCCUCUCCUCCGCUGUCUGCUCCUCCUCUUCCUCCGCCCAGAUCCAAGAAGGAGGAGAAUCCCGAGAAACUGGCCUUCAUGGUGUCUUUGGGCCUCGUUACACACGACCACCUGGAAGAGAUCCAGAGCAAGCGGCAGGAGCGUAAGAGGAGGACGACGGCCAACCCGGUGUACAGCGGCGCCGUGUUCGAGCCCGAGAGGAAGAAGAGCGCCGUGAGUUACCUGAACAGCCCUCUGCACCAGGGGACCCGGAAGAGAGGUCGCCCGCCCAAAUACAGCAGCGUCCUGGAGCUGGGCAGCCUCACCCCGACCUCCCCCUCCAGCCCCGCCCACCCCCUCCCCCUGCCCAGCCCCAGCUCUGGGGAUGGAGACAUCCAUGAGGAUUUCUGCACUGUGUGCAGACGCAGUGGCCAGUUGCUCAUGUGCGACACGUGUUCUCGUGUUUUUCACCUGGACUGCCUGGAUCCGCCCCUGAAAACCAUUCCUAAAGGCAUGUGGAUCUGUCCAAAAUGUCAAGAUCAGAUCCUGAAGAAGGAAGAAGCCAUUCCCUGGCCCGGCACUCUGGCUAUCGUUCAUUCCUACAUCGCUUACAAAGAAGCUAAAGAAGAGGAGAAACAGAAGCUGAUGAAAUGGAGCUGUGAACUGAAGCUGGAGCGAGAGCAGCUGGAACAGAGAGUCAAACAGCUCAGCAACUCCAUCACGAAAUGCAUGGAGACCAAAAACAGCAUCCUGGCUCGUCAGAAAGACAUGCAUCACUCCCUGGAGAAAGUCAAACACCUGAUUCGCCUCAUCCAAGCCUUCAGUUUCAACCAGGCUCUGGCAGAGACAGACGGUAAGGACGUCAGCGCCCAGGACAGAGUCGGCGCCAAGGACAGAGUCCAGGACGUAGCUUCUGGGAAAGCUGGAGUAGCUUCUGGGAAAGCUGCACUAGAAGCUAACUCUGUAGAGAACGUGGCAGCUGGGAGCUCCGCGUCAAAUAGCAGCAGCAACGCCGACGGAAAUGAGAAACAAAAAAAGCACGACGCCACAGGGAACAACCAGACAGCAGGAAGUGGAGACACAGACAGCCAGGUUGUCCUAAUAGACAGCGGCAUCCUGACGGCAGAUACCAGCCCCGGUGUUGGGGUGGAGGGGAAGGCGGGGCCCGGGGAGGGGGCGGGGGGAGGGCUCGACGAGGUUGUGUCCAGACCCGAGUCUGAGGCGGCUCCGCUGGCUGACAUUCCCGUUCCCUCGGCGACUGCGACUGUGGCCACGACCAACGGGACGGCGGAGCCGGCUGCUGAUCACAGCCCCGCGGGAGCCUGCACCAACUCUGAGGACAAGAUGGCUGCCGUCAACCCUGCAGAGAUGGCGGUGGAUCAGAAACGGGACGAGAUCACCGACCGUGGCGGCAGCAACAACAACAGCAACAGCAAAACCUCAGAACCCUCCCAGCAUUGGUUGCCGGCUCUCGUCAGCAGUUUGGACAAUAAAAAGUAACGCUUCGUCUCUAAAGAUUGCGGGAAUUCAAACAUAUAUAUUAAAAAAAACAGACUUUUGCUUGCGCCGCACGGUGCCCUGAAGUUGCCAAUCUGUAUAAAUGUUGUUUGUUUGCAUUGUAUCGUCAGACUGUGUCAAUGGUUAGAUAUCCAGCCCUGGCUCUGGAAACACGGCGGCCGCUCCGCUCCCCCCCCCCCACCCCAAAACCCAGAGCGGCGGGGGUGCAGGUACGCUGUCGUUCCAGUGUCGUCAUGCCAAUUAGUGAUAGACGUCAGUGGUGGGAAUGCUUGAAGGGAGAUUUAGUUCAUCAUCACACCAGUGUGUGCCUGUUCAGUGGCGUUCUCUCGACCGGGAGGGGUGACGGUUUCAGACGGAGGACAAACAUCUGUGGGGGGUUACCGGUCUACAAACAGUGUUGUGAUUAUGUGAGUAUGAAAAGAAAGCCUGUUCAUCCCCUCGUCCCAGCAGACUCAAUGGGAACAACCUUCGUCUUCUGCAACGUUCCCUGAUCUCCUGUCCCUCUGAAACAACUUCAACCGAUGAGUCUCAUCCUCGACCCUGUACUUCCCAAUCUCAACCGGUCCUGUCCAGUCCAGCAACGAUCCAAUGAGACCUCCCUCUUAAACCCCCCCAAAAAGAUUCAGUUCCCUUAAAACUGACAACCUCAUACUACGUGUGUAUGAACUAGGGCUGUCACAGUCGUUAAAAUGCAAACAAUACCUGUUAAUAACAAGCUGACUUCAUCUUAGAUUUGGAUUUUGGUUGGUGAAGGUCUUUGCCGGGGGUUACUUGGCUUAAAAAAGCAAUUCAAAUGGGGGUACAAUAUUGAAAAAAGUUUGAGAAACUCUGCUUUAACCCAACACUAACGCUUAACCCCGUACCCCCCCCAACUAACUCCUAAAUCAUUCUAAGAGCAUAAAACCACGUUCAAUCAACAACAAAACUUAGACCAAAAGCCAUUUUACCCUAACCCAGUUACCUAAAGUCUCCCCCCCCCCCCCCCCCCCCCCCCCCCCCCAGGCAGAAAGACGGUGAGCGUGGCGUUGAGUGCGUUCGGAGGACGAGGUGGAACGGGCGCCGUAGCCUAACAGAUGUUUUAAGUGGUGUCGGUCAAGUGUAGUGAUUGAGUUUUUCAUUCGUGAGUCAAGUGUGUCAACUGUGAGCACUAAAUGUGAAAUUGCAAUAUUGCAAUGUCAACACACACAAACAGACACACACACACACACAAACAGACACACACACAUACACAUACUAUAUCUGGGCUGUGUUUCUUUUUUAUAGGAAAAGAUAUUCAGGUCUUCCUAGUCUUCAGAAUAAGUGCUUUCUGUUCCUGAAACCUGCUGGACCGGCAUCUUCAACACACAAAGGAGAAGUCUUCUUCUUAGAAGUUCUUUGAUCUUUGGGAAGAAAAAAUAACAUUAUGUACAUUUCUGUUGAAUCCUGAACUGCCAAAACGAUGUUAUAUCCAAAUUCAGCAGGGACGAGUCCGCUUACUGUCUUGAAAGAUCAAAUCAUUGGCGUUUGUAAGAUGACGACGCGACCGUUUCAGACCGUUGGAAGUCCCCAGAUUAGACGACAGGAGAGAUUAUUAUUAUUAUAAACAAUAACACAAAAGGGACUUUUUUUGUCCUUUGGAUGGAUGGAUUUGUUGUCGCGUCUUCAGACGGAUCUCUAAAA